GCCACACGAUGAAGGGACUUACAAUUAUCUCGCUUUUGCUUGUAGCUAUCAUGGUAUCUACAGCCGCUGCCCAAGGUGGGAUUUCAAGUUGUUGUCAGAGAACCUCGAACACCCAAAUCCAUCGAGACCUGCUGAAGAGAUACUACAUCCAGCAGCCGCCGUCGUGUUCUAUAUCUGCAGUGGUAUUCACCACAAUUAGUGGCAGGAGAAUCUGUUCGGACAGUUCGAAAACAUGGACGCAGACCAGCAUGGCCUAUCUUGAUGGAAAAGACUGGCAAAAACGAAAUAACACGGCAAAGAAAUAGUGACACAAAAUCUAUGUUCACCCAAAAUUGACAUUACUAUUUAAACUACAGAUUUUGCCACGGACCUUAAAUAUUUGCUUAUUUUUCUACCUUAUCUAACUUUCGUGAUGUUAAUAUGACAUUGAAUGUCUUCAUUGGAUUUCUGCAUGUAAAUAUGUAAAUAACAUGUUAUUGUGUAUGUCCAUAUAUUGGAAAUGAUAUGGAUUGAGAUUGGGUAAUAAAAGGUGUCACACUGUAA